AUGCGCUUCUCCCACUUUUCUCUGCUGGGCAUUUUCGCCGCGGUCCAUGCCACUCCGCUUGAGCAAAGGCAAGCUGCAAACCCGACAGUAACUAUCAACAAUGGCAGAGUAAUCGGCACUGUCACUGGCGUAUCGAAUCAGCCAAGUGCACCUCCAGUCAAGGCCUUCUUGGGUAUUCCGUAUGCGCAGCCUCCGACUGGUGCUCGACGAUUUGCUCCUCCCGAGCCAGCGACUCCAUGGAGAUCGCCACUGCGGGCACAGAAACUCCCUCCAGCAUGUCUGCAACAAUUCGCAAACGAAAAGACGAAGCAAUAUUUCAACAACCCAACUCUCCCUCCACCGGCUGAGAGUGAAGACUGCUUGUACCUGAAUGUGUUCGCUCCGAGAGGUGCUAGCCCGACCAGAACUAAGGCUGUGAUGUUUUGGCUGUACGGUGGUAACAACCAAUUUGGCACAGCAUCCUUAGCAUUCUACAAUGGAAGUUCGCUUGCGGCCAACGAGGAUGUCGUAGUUGUUGCUAUCAACUAUAGGACCAAUAUGUUUGGCUUUUCCAACUCACCUCAAAUUCCCUUUGGCCAGCAGAACAGUGCCUUCCUGGACCAGCGCUUGGCCCUGCAAUGGGUGCAGCAGAAUAUCCAGCAGUUCGGCGGAGAUCCUGCUCGCGUGACAAUAUUUGGAGAGAGCGCAGGAGGCUACGAUGUGAAGCAGCUUCUUGCGAAUCCACCAAGCCCCCUGCCCUUCCGAGCAGCGAUCAUGCAAUCGCAGAACCAGGCCGCCCUUGGCGUCGGCCUUGCUAGUUACAACCAGGUGGCAUCCAACUUUGGCUGCAGUACCGCGCCGUCUGUCAUUGACUGCCUGCGCAAAGUACCCGCCACCGACAUCCAGGCAUACAUUACACAGAAUAGCCUGAGCUUUCCCGAUGUUACUGGUGACGGCACAAGCGUAGGGAAGCAAGCGCUGCCGAACAUUCUCUCCGGGAAGUUCGCAAACGUGCCGGUCUUGAUCGGGACCAACAAGAAUGAAGCUUCCGUCUUCCUCGACCUCUUUGGUCUGAACACUGGCUCGACCACUCCGGCUACUCUAAACUCGACUCUCGCGAACUACGGCUUCCAAGGCAUAUCUGAGGGCACGAUACAAUCUCUGUACCCAACUCUGGCCAAUGCUGGAUUCAAACUUAUCGAUCGUGUUGUCACCGAUCUCUUGUUCACCUGUUCCACCAGGACGCUCGCGGAUGCGAUCAAAGUGUCCGGUCGCCCAAUCUGGCGGUACUGGUACGAAGGUGUCUUUCCAAACCUCAGCAUUUUCCCCAACGCUGGAGCUUGGCACAGCAGCGAGAUCCCGUCUGUGUGGGGCACGUAUUUUGCUGCCGGCGCGACUCCCACCCAAGUCGCGCUGAGCAAGUACAUGCAAGGCGUGUGGGCAGGAUUCGCGAAGAAUCCUGGGAAUGGCGCGCCGUGGCCCAGGUUGGGCAGCAGCUUUGGUAGAGAGCUGGGAGUGCUGGGCGGCGAAGGCAACCCGAGCGGCGAGGAGACAAGGCCUUUGAUCGAGACGGAUGCGCCUUGUGCUGUGUUUUCGCCGUUGUUGAUCGCGGCGGGUCAGGCUUAUUAGGUAAAGGUUACAAGUUCCGUAGGCUCGUUUCUUGUUCGCGGUAGUGCAAAGUGCAGGAUGUAGUAAACGC